AUGGGCAAAGGGAGAGGGAUGGGGAAAGGGGAGGGAUGGGGAAAGGGAGAGGGAUGGGGAAAUGGGGGGAUGGGGAAAGGGAGGGAUGGGGAAAGGGAUAGGGAUGGGGAAAAGGGGGUCUGGGUAAAGGGGAGGGAUGGGGAAAUGGGGGAUGGGGAAAGGGGGGGGAUGGGGAAAGGGAGAGGGAUGGGGAAAGGGGAGAUGGGAGAAGGACGAUGGAUGGGGGAAAGAGAGAGGGAUGGACAAAGGGAGAGGGAUGGGGAAAGGGAGAGGGAUGGGGAAAGGGGGAGUGGAGGGAUGGGGAAAGGGAGAGGGAUGGGGAAAGGGAGAGGGAUGGACAAAGGGAGAGGGAUGGGCAAAGGGAGAGGGAUGGGCAAAGGGGGGAGUGGAGGGAUGGGGAAAGGGAGAGGGAUGGGGAAAGGGAGAGGGAUGGGGGAAGGGGAGGAUGGGGGAAAGGGAGAGGGAUGA